CAGUCCAGGCACCUUCCGGUGCUGGUGUCCCAGGCGCUCCACUCGUCCCCUCCCGGGCGCGGUCGGCGAGGGACGCGGGCUGCCGAGAGCCGGUCCGCGCCCAGCCGCCCUCCAUCUUUCCCCGCAGGUUCCCGCCGCGUGCGCCACACCAUGCCCCGCGGACUCUUCCGGCGCCUUCUCCUCGCCGCCCUGCUGCUGGUGAUCGUCUGGACCCUCUUCGGGCCCUCGGGUCUCGGGGAGGAGCUGCUGAGCCUCUCGCUGGCCUCCCUGCUCCCAGCACCGGCCUCGCCAGGGCCGCCCCUGGUCCUGCCCCGUCUCUUGAUCCCCAACGAGGACGCCUGUCGUGGCCCUGGCGCCCCUCCCUUCCUGCUCAUCCUGGUGUGCACGGCCCCGGAGAACCUGAACCAAAGAAACGCCAUUCGGGCCUCGUGGGGCGGGCAGCGCAAGGCCCGAGGGCUUAGGGUGCGCACUCUCUUUCUUCUGGGAGAGCCCGGCAGGCAGCAACCCAACGGGGGCUCCCCUGCGAACGACCUGGCACGGGAGUCAGCGGCCCAGGGGGACCUACUGCAGGCGGCCUUCCGAGACUCCUACCGCAACCUUACCCUCAAGACGCUCACGGGGCUGAACUGGGCGGACAAACACUGCCCCUUGGCCCGCUACGUCCUCAAGACCGACGAUGAUGUGUUUGUCAACGUCCCGGAACUGGUAUCAGAGCUGGUCCAGCGAGGGGGCCGUUGGGAGCCACGGGAGAAGGGCGUGGAGCCCCAGGGAGAGGCCGAGUCUGGAGAUGAAGAGUGGGGUGGAGGCAGCCCCACCCUGGGGAGUCAGCCCAUGCCUCUUUUGUACCUGGGACGUGUGCACUGGCGGGUGCACCCCUCUCGGACACCAGGGGGCAAGCACCAAAUAUCAGAGGAGCAGUGGCCUCCCACCUGGGGCCCUUUUCCACCCUAUGCCUCAGGAACAGGGUAUGUGCUGUCAGCUUCUGCUGUGCAUCUCAUUCUCAAAAUGGCCAGCAGGGCACCCUUUCUGCCACUGGAAGAUGUCUUUGUGGGGGUAAGUGCCCGACGAGGAGGCCUCUCCCCAACCCACAGUGUCAAGCUAGCUGGCGCCACCCACUAUCCCCUGGACCGGUGCUGCUAUGGGAAAUUCCUGCUGACAUCCCAUAGGUUGGACCCCUGGAAAAUGGAGGAAGCCUGGAAGCUGGUGGGCAGCUCUGAUGGGAAAAGGACUGCACCCUUCUGCUCCUGGCUCCAGGGAUUCCUGGGCAUCCUGCGGUGUCGGGUAAUAGCCUGGCUUCACAGCUGAGAGGAACUGGGCCGUAGGAGAAGAGUGAGGACCUCAGGGUCCAGUCAGCAUCCUCACAACCUUUUUCCCAGGCCCAAGGCAACUGGCUGCAACUGAACAGUUCCCCUCCACCAGAUGCUCAGUCUGUCACUGAAGACAGGAUACAGGGGAAACCCAGGGCCUGGCCUACCAGCCCCAAAGAUGAACAUCAGGAGAGUAAAACAAUGUUGGAGUCAUCCCCCCAUCCAUGGCAGGAGAGAGGCAUUUAUUGAGGAGCCCCUCAAUAAACCUGUCUUUCUACUUCUUUGAGUGCAGUGUGAUCCUCACCAGGAGUCCCGGCACACAAACCUGGGGAGCCCGGACAAUGCCAGACCCUGCUGACUGGGAAGCACAUCUCCAGGGACUUGGGAGAGAGGACAGCCUCUCUGAGGAGAAAGGCCCCUGAAGAGCAAAGAUAAGGCCAUAUCAACCGCAAGACAUGGGUGGGG